AGGCUGCUUGCCAUUCAGUUUGAAGGUGGCGGUUCUGGUGAAGAAGGCACAAAAAUUGCUCGUCAAAAUUUUCCCAGAUCCUCUUGAGUGCUCAAGAGCGAAGUAAAGAUUGGCCUUGCUUCAUCAGUGAGGCGUAUGCAUCCUGCUACUUUUUUUUGCAAACUUCGUCCGAACGUGUGUUUGUCUGCGAGUGAGUGACUACAAAAAUAAAGAUGGGACAGAGUGUUUUUUAAUAUGUUUUGACAGUCUCAUGUCAAUUGUGCUCGAAACGAGGCUCAAGAGUGUCUUAGAUUGAAAGCGGAGAGCUCGGGGAAUGUCUCAAGUGUGUGGCCGAGAAGGAUAGGAGUCUGUUAUCGGAGUAUGAACACAACUUUUCCCCUCCAUCCAAUUGUUUCAUCCUGGACGUAGCACUGCAGAUUAAGAUAAUUUCUUGGGCCAUUUUGAACGCCGGACCCCGGCCCGAAGAUGAAACGAACUCAUUUGAUGCCUCGUUCUCCGUGAAGAAUUCGAAAAAUCUCAAAUCACCUCAGACGAGAACAAUUGUAGCACAAAGGGUCUCCGUGCAUCUGCGAAGCAAAAGCAAAAGAUAGUUAUGAAAAAGUGAAACGACCGGACAACCACGCUCGCCGGGAAUCUUGAGUGAAUUUGUGAUUUUCCAUCUAUCAGUCAAGUGUUGUGUUUACUUUUCACGCCCUACUGGAGUUGAAUCUAGAAUGAACAAUCAAAGGAACUUUGCCCGGGGAUCCGAGGCUACCUCGUCCGUGAGGUUAAGGCGGAGAAAAGAUGUCAAUCCCAGUGAAGGGACCAAAAAGCGGAACCGCCAUUCAGGGGAUUUCUUCGUCUGGUCCGGGCACAAUAACAACGGCAAUCGACUCUCUCAGGAUUGGAGUUACGUGGUUCCUCAAGCGCCGUCCAGUCUGAUGGUGUCCUCAACCACCAAUCGCAAGAAUUAUGGCCUUGUGGAUGACCCCAGCCCGCUAUCUAUGCCUUACUCACCGGUGGUGGCGGCGGCCAUCGCCGCCCAUCGACAGCAACAAAGGUCGUCCAGUAAUGGUCGAAUCGACGAAGAGGAAGGCUUCAUGGAGACUUUGGAUCGGAAGAUACCGCCUUCGGUUCGACCAAUUGCUCGGGAAAACUCCAGGUUCCUGGAGACGUCCUCAGAUUUUGUCACCUCCAAGUCAAGGCUGCUAAACGGAAACCGUCGGAGUUGUGACGUGUCACAAUUUCACGUGGAAGAGUAUCAAGGACGAGCAGAACCGGUGAAGAAACGCCCACUCUCCGUGGUCGGAAACAGCUCGUUUCUGCCAAACAACAGCAAUAUCAACAAUAACAACAUCAUUAACAACAGCAAAAGCAAGCUUCAGAUCAGUCAUUCCAACAAAUUUGGAUUCUCCUCCAAAGGCAAGAAACUGGCAAAGUCCACCGAUCAUCUUAUCAAACGGUCGUAUCCAGAACUAAGAGAGGCCGUGAGUGAGGUUGGAGCUCUGGAUACGAUGUUCGAGACGACCACCAAUGUGUCCACCGUGGUGGCCCAACAGUCCAAUGUGUCCCUGAGUGUGGGCACGACCAUUUGCAAGGGCCUCAUGUGGCAACAACGGGACAAGAUCUUCUCUCGGUGGAAGGAGCGCUUCUUCAUCCUCACUCAAGACUAUCUGCAAUGCUUCAAAAAAGGCUCCUCGCGGAUGACCGAAAUGGGAGGAUUCAUAUUCAAGCUCAAACUCUCUGAUGUGAAUGAAGUGGAGCUCUUGGAUAAGAAAGGUUACCUGACAGUUUCGCUCCUUUUGAACAAGGAGGGGAAAAUUUUGCUCCGGAAACCUGAGGGCAUCCGAGAAUGGUUUGCCACCCUCAAGGAAUGCGUGCAACAAAGCAAGGAACGGAAAGGUCUGAUGAAGUCGACCAAGGAGUUCUGGUCCAAGCGGCAAUUCACUGAUUCCAAUUCAAUGGAACAAUUCGCAGACAAACAGCAAGGUCGAGCGGGUGGUCGACGCUUCCAUCAUCGAAGCCAUGUGGGUCUCUACAGCCCGGAGAAACAGACCACGGAUUAUGGAUUCAUUGAUGCACCCCCGCCCAAGUCCAUGAGUGAGGUCAAUGUCAAAUUGGCUGCCUCCACAGACGCCCUGAACUUGAACAAUAAGCCUGCAGCCAAAAACUACCACAUCAGUUCGACUGAGGCGCCUCCACCUUAUUCCACGGGCUCUGAAGUUCACUCCAAAAAUCUUAAUCAUCGUACAAACACGCGGGAUUCGUCCUCCAGUCACAAGAGUCAGGAUUCCGGCAUAGAUUCGAUCGAAAAGCAGCAUGGUCACUUGAAUGGGAAGCACUCGGCCAACCAGAUCUGUUCGACCUCUACCAGCUCAGCAUCCACUACACCCGGCUCUGAUAGUCAGAGCUCGGGUAUCGGAGGAGGAGGGGGCGGAGGGGGAGAGGGCGUGCCCACCGUGGUUUCACGACACAAUCGGAAUAAUCUCGACUUGGAUCCGUCCAAGCGGCACUCCGAGUACUUGAAUGAAGUUGUGGACAAAUUCCCCCAACUCUGGCUUAAACGAGAUCGAUCCUCGUGCGAUGUCGGAUCGCGGCUGCAAGAAUCGGCUUAUCCUUCGAUUCAAGAGAGGAAACCCAAUCGAAACAGCAUGGUUGUGAACAGUGAACAAGACUACUAUUACCAAUUGCAAUCCAGACGACAAGCCAAUUCAAAGAUGAGCAACAAUCCCACCAAUGGUCAAGCUCUACGUCCACAAGUCACCAAGCUAUGAGAAGCCAAUUCUAUACAUUGUCCAGAGGUUUUGAUAAAAGUAUUAUUUGAAUUAAUAAAUCCUUUGAAAUUGAUGAGUGAAUAAA